GCGUACACACGGGAAAAAAAUUAUUUUGUUAUCAUCAUGUCGUCAGCGUACACAUCAUUUUCUGGAUAGAUAAUUUUACCGAUUACAGCCAUGGAGACGAUUGCCAGCUACCUCCACCCCGCCGCUUGGGAGAUGCAGUGGCUCUGCAAAGGAGUAAACCCUCAAUUCCCUGGUAACGGAGGUCCGGAAUGCGCCAGCUACUUGGGUUUCACGCAACGCAUCCUAGAGACAAUACUCGUGCUGUCCGUUUGCGCGUUUGAAAUGUGGAUAACGUGGCCCUACCUUAAGAUCCCAACGAGUACGCUACAGGCGGUGGAACGCCACAGACAAUCGGGACGGGGAGAAACGGGAAAGCGUGUGCUGCUGAUCGCGCUAUGUAUAGUGUUAGGUGUGGAACUCGGACUGAAGUUUGCCACAAAGACAGUCAUCUAUAUGAUGAACCCUUGCCAUGUAAUAACCAUUGUGGAGAUCUUUCUGUUAGCGAUGCCUCCCAGCAAGAUGACUUUAAUAGUGUUCCGAUUUCUCAUGUCGAUGCUGAGUGGUCCGUUUUUAGCAAUUAUCUUUCCAGUUCUCAACACUAGAUUUUUGUCCUGUGAGGUGGAGUGGUACUGGGUCCAGCAUAUCCUCAUCUACAUUAUUAUCCCACCAUUCUUAAUGAGUCAAGGAGGAGCCUACACCUGUGAACCGCUGCUUAACUUCUCCUGGUGUAUGUUCAGCACAGGAGCUCAGUUUGUCUAUCACUUUAUUCCUCUGCAGUUUGUUGGCAUGUAUCUUGAGGUCAACCUGAACAACAUGCUUUGUCCGGCGCUGACCGACCCUUUUCACGGGUCAUGGUAUCGUAUGUGCGCUCUCGUUCAUCAGCAUUUAUUACUGCCCGUACAUUUGAAAAUUUACACCGGUAUCAUGAGGCUGAUUCUGCCAGUGGCCCCUGACCCGGUGAAUGGUGAUAUUAGUAAAGAUAACUGAUUAAGCGGGCACUGC